GAGUGAAGCGCACACACAGGAAAACACCCUCCCUGAUACAAUCAUCUUUCCAAAAGGCACGACUGUGUGCAUUGAGGGGUAUUUUAUUUAUGACGUUUUUUACCUAAAAUACCUGCAACGAGCUGUUUUUUUUCCUCCUGUUUUUCUUUAUUGAGGCUGCAGAAACGCUCAAACAGACAGAAAUACUGAUCCAAGCGCAAAAUCUUUAGAGAGCACCUCACAAGUGGUUAUCAUGUCAGGCGAAGAGGCUCCAACUCUGCAGCAAGAACCAGAACAGGUGACGAAGGCCGACGACCCUCCACCGGCUGCAGCGGAUCCAAAGCAAGAGGAGUCCGCCCCAGCAGCCGAGGAGACGCCGCUCUCUUGCCGCGCUCUGGUCCUAACGGGUUAUGGGGGCUACGACAAGAUAAAGCUGCAGGUGAAAACAAUGAUGAAGCCCCAGCUAAAGCCCGGAGAGGUCCUGGUGCGCGUGAAGGCAUGCGGGCUGAACUUCGCCGAGCUGCUGGGCAAACAGGGGCUAUACGAGCUGCUACCUGCCCCGCCUGUCACGCUGGGUAUGGAGGGCUCCGGAGUCAUUGAAGCGGUCGGGGAGGAUGUGAAGGACAGGAAAGUGGGAGAUCGUGUUAUCGCGAUGAACCGCAGCGGUAUGUGGCAGGAAUUGGUCGUUGUGUCAGCUGACCACACUUUCCCUAUGCCGGAGGAGAUGAGUUUUGAGGAAGCUGCUGCUCUUCCCAUAAACUACAUGUCAGCCUACAUGAUGCUGUUUGAGAUGGCCAAUCUCAGGCCGGGCAAAAGUGUCCUCGUUCACAUGGCUGCAGGUGGUGUGGGUAUUGCUACUACCCAGCUGUGUCAGACUGUGCAGGAUGUGACCGUCUUUGGCACGGCAUCAGCCUCCAAACACGAGAUUAUCACUCAAGUUGGAGUAACUCAUCCCAUCGACUACCGCACCAAAGACUACGUGGCUGAGAUCCGCAAAAUCAGCCCAAAGGGAGUUGACAUUGUCCUCGACCCACUCGGUGGUUCUGACACCCAGAAAGGUUUCAAUUUGCUGAGACCACUGGGCAUGCUUAUAGUCUUUGGUGCAGCCAAUUGUGUGACAGGCCAGAAGAAGAAUCUACUGGCUGUGGCUAAAACCUGGUACAACCAGUUCUCUCUCAACACCCUGAAGUUGAUGCAGACCAACAAGGCCAUCUCUGGCUUCCACCUGGGCCACAUGUCUGAUGAGACUUUGCUUGUCGAUACCAUGUCCAAGUUGCUUGAGCUCUACAAGCAGGGAAAGAUCAAGCCCCGCAUUGACUCCUGCUAUCACUUUGAGGAGGUGGCCGAAGCCAUGAAGCGCAUGCAUGAACGGCAAAACAUCGGAAAAGUUAUCCUUCUUCCUGAACCGAAGGCGAAGGAAGAAAAGCCAAAAGCCGAUGCCGAAGGCGGAGAAAAUGUGGAAAAAAAUGAAGCUGCUGUCAGCGAGAAAAAAGAGGAGGCCACAGAGGAAGUUGAAGCAGAAAAGGAUUGAGUAAGAGUGUUUAUUUGAGGGGUGUUUCCAAGUACUUCAAGAGAUUUGUCCAGUUGUUUGAGAAAGAAGAAAAAAUAACGGAGCGAGAGCUAUGAAUUGUCAAAUUUUGUCAGUAUUUUUUUCUUUUUUUGUGCAAUAUGUCAAUGAUGUAGUGUCUUUGUCGGGAACACUUUUUUUAAAAUAAAGGCUCACUGUAUUUGGAUACGUUUUCUGUGUCGUAUUGACAGUAAAGAGACCCAGCUUUUCACCGCUUCAACAGCUUCAGCAUCUGUAAUAACAACAAACUAGGGAUAGUUCAGCCUGUGUAAAACUAAACUUUUACUCAAAGCAAAACUGGGAAAGGCCACUCAAAGAAGUUAAUAGACUAAAAAUAAUUUUCUCUCUACGUUUUAGUUCAGUGCUGUUAAGACUUGCUAGAAUUUCCUAAUUUACUUGCCUUUCUUUGAAGUGGAAGCAUAUCUUAAAAGCCUGGCAGUAAAUAUACAUAUUAGUGUAAUCAAACAAAUUUUACCCAUGCAUGUUUUUUUUUUUUUUUUCUUUUUUUCUUUUUAAAAGUAUAAUGGUAGUGAUCAUAUUAUUUAAUGGGGUGAGAUGUCCCACUGAAAUGUCUGAAUUUUAUCUAAACAUGUCUUUUUACUGAGCCUCCUUUGAUUGUUCUUGUUCAGGUUGAGACUUUGUAGUGUGUGUGUGUGUGUGUGUUUGUGUUGUAAUUGUUGAAGUUUCCUCACUUAUUUUUGCCAAAAUUUAAAGCCAGCUUUGACCACUGCCAUUGAAUAACAAUUAGUAGGAUUUCCCUACUUGGCAAUCACGUCUUGGGUUUCCAUCCAAAAACAACGUCCCAAUUCCCCAUUUCAGGCUGAAUCAAAGCCAGUUAAAGCUUUCCUUGCUUUUCUUUUGUCCUGUGGUUUAGCUGCUUUUUAAAAAUUCCUACACUGAAUUGCUGAAAUUAAGAAUUAGAAAGAUUUUUACUCAGUGACUACUUGUGAAAAAAACGGAGUGGUUAAUGAGGAAAAGGUGGCGAUGUUUCACAUCAGUGUCUAGAUUUUCAGUAUGGACAGUUUCCCCUCUUCUCAUCAGUUUGAAGCUUUUUUUUUGUUUUGCCAAAAACAACUGAUUUUCUCCAGGUUCUUCAGUCUUACAUUAUCACUUGCAGGUCUCCUUUCUUUAAUGGAUGACGUAACUAGUACAAUUUAAGCACAAGAGUUCCUUUUGUGUGUGUGUGUGUGUGUGUGUCCAGCUGUGGGUGUAAUUCAAUGCUGUGACGCAGACGAUGCAAACCAAAGCAAAGGAGUCUUUCCUCCGUCCUCACCAGCCCAGCCCUUCACAUUCCUCGCUGCACUCUCGGUGCUGCUUUCUGUCUCCUCUGGAACUGACCUCUCAAAUCUCUCUCCGUCCCCAACCGCACAUUGUUUUGAUUUCCUAAGAACACUCAAAACAAAGUUCCACAGAUAAUGUUUUAUGUUGUUUACAUUUGUGACAUUCUGUUCUUUUGGCCACUUGGACAAGUAUUGUUAGGUUUGGCCAGGUUUCCUUAUGCCAGUAUGAUGUAAGAUCUGUAGUGGAGUUUCAGAGGGAACUGGAACAUCAUAUGACACUGUUAUCAGCUUAUUUGUGAACCCUGAACUUUAUAUUUGUCCACUUAAUAGGUAAAUAUUAACAAGCUAGAGUUAUAGUUUUUGUUAAUUAUUAAAUUAAUUACUUUGACAUUUGACUUUGUAUUCUUUUUGCAAAUGCUCCAAAAAUGUUUUUAUUUUUCUCUUUUCAGUACUAAGAAAUUUAGAAAUGGACACUGACCGAGUAUUUAUACAAGCAAGUGGGGACAUCUAGUGGUCAGUGUAAAGUAUUACACCUGUCCAUCAUUUUGCUUCUUAAUACAAUGUUUUGCUUCCUGCAUUAUUUAAGUGUGCACCAUCAGGUCAGGAGGUGUCCUUCAACUAAAAGGUAAAAACAACACUACCCUAAUACAAAUCAACAUCCCUCUGUGUUAACAGAUGUUCUAUGUUGUGCAUCACAUUGGGAAAAAACAAUUAUGUUAGCAACAUAACUCAAAACGUAAUGGACUGAUUUUGAUUAAAUUAUCAGGAAAUGUCAGAAAUGGAAUAACAAACCAGUGAUUAGAUUUUGGGGGUGAUCGCCUGGAUACAGGAAUUUUUUUAAAGGAAGGUUUACCGUUGGGAGAUAGGGGUAAUUUUGCCAUUACAGCUUCUAACUCAACCGAUAACGCCCAGAAUCAUUACCAAAAAAAGAAUGACAAGAUGACAUAAUGGCAGAUUUUAAAUACACUAAUGGCUACCCCAGAUUGCUGCUAUUAGAGAAAAUGCUAAUUUCUUAAUCUUGGUGGCUAAAGGUGUUUCCAUGGUCAAGGAUUCUAAAUAAAAUGUGACAUCUAUCCUGAUGAUGGAAAUAGAUGAUGUUAGCUUGAUGUAUACAUAAGAGUGUUGGCAUGGGGUUGGUAUCAGGGUGGGGUGUUUUCUCAGGUGAGUAAACCCAUGACUUGGUGGUUUGCUCUCAAGUUCUUCUAGUUUCUGUUAUGAAUUAUAAUCUAAGAUGUCAAAUUAUAAUCAAACUGCCUGUGAUGUCAAAGAAUUCGGUUUGAUUAACACAUAUUUAAUCACCUGAGCAGAUGCCUAAAGAUGUCAUACAUUAGCCUCCAACCCUUUUCUUUUGUUGAUCCAGAAUGGUUUUCUGGUUUAUUGCAUUUUUGUAUAUUGCUACGUGUUUUAUUUUUAUUUUUAUUUUUAUUUUUAUACACUUUGAGCUUUGAUGUUUGUCUGAUACUGACCUGUCUGCAUAAUUAAAGCUUUUUCUGCUUCUC